UCUAGUGGCCGUAGCCAGGGCAGCUGAGAGCCAGGAUGUCUGGGGAUCUACCCCUGCUCCUGGAGGGGCGUGGAGACUAGUGGUUAGAGAUGGCAAACUCUGGCACAAACGCCCCUUUCUCAGCAGCCCGUGAGAGAACUUCCUCCUGACUUUUAACGGGCCACUAAGCAGGGACUGUGGGGCCGUUUAUUGCGGCAUCCUUCCUCGUGCUCACAUUUCUUCUCCUGGGUGCGGCAGCGCCCAGCUGCAUUGGUUCUUGCCAAUUUCUCAGAGGGCGGGUGCAUGGGCUGGCUCUGUCCGGUGGAUAAAGGAGGCUGGCUCUGCGAAGAAGAGUAGAGCAGAGGAGCGGAGGAUCCCGGAGCGUGUGCUUCUCCUGGGCAGAGGAAGGUGAAAGGGGGAAGAGCCGGAGAUCCAGGGGCCUUGGUGUCUCAGCGAGGGAAGAAGGAAGGGGACAGAGAAGCUGGCUCGGCAGGGCAGAGGAGGGGUGUGACGAGCAGAGCGGAGCAGAGCACACACCUGCAGGGACCUGAGGCAGUGGCAGGUGGAAAAGCAGAGCCACAAGGCGGCUCAGCGGGCAGCGCGCCCCAAGCCGGCUCAGGAAGCCCCAGGAGAACCGCCUGGAGGAGCAGAGCAGUGGCCUGGAAAUUAGGGGGCGGAGAGACGUGCCCCGAGGGAGCAGCAGAGCGGGAGUGGCGCCAUGAGCUACCCAAGCUACGAGAAAGGUCCCGAACCCUCCGCUCCUACUCAGCCCCCGCCGUACUCCAACAACCCCCCUUACGGGGCCCCUCCCCCACUAGGUGGGCAGUUCCCCCCAGCCAGCUAUGGGGCAACCCCCGGAAUGCCCCCCCACCCGCAGGGCUAUUAUAGCCCGUACAACGAGGACCCCAGCCGGGGCCCGAUGGGCUAUGCCCCGCAGCAAGUCAUCCUGGUCUCCCCGCCCACUGUCAAGGAGAACGACUACCUGGGCUACUCCAUCUUCACCCUGCUCUGCUGCUGCCUGCCCCUGGGCAUCGUGGCGCUGGUGUAUUCCAUCCAGACCAGGGAUGCCAACAACGCCGGGAAUGCUGUCCAAGCGCAGCGGAGUUCCCGGAUGGCCCAGAUUUUCAACCACACGGCCCUCGGAGUGGGAAUUGUGCUGCUGAUCGCGUGGAUUGCCAUUGUGGUGACCAUCACCCUCUCUCACUAGAGAGCCGAUCCCUGAGGAGUUAAUCCUUCCACCCAGCCCCUCCGCGCAUCCAGCUCUGAGCCAACCCCUCCAGAAGGGGGCAGCGGGUUUUCCACACCUGCCUGAACACACACACAGCAACAAGACCACACACAGACCUGCACACACAACCAUCUCCUCAGCCCCAGCCACCCCCACCAAACAGCCAGUCCAUGGGCCCCUCUCCCCCAGCGUAACCCCCCCUUGCCAGCCCCAGCGCACACCGGGGGAUCCAGGGAGAAAGGGUCCCCUCUGCCCAACCCAGGACUCCCAACUAGGCCAUAUUCCACCCACCCACAUCCAGGGACAUGGUUCAAAUGUGGGUGCAAAGGACUCUGGGAGACACUGGGGAUGGACAGGGCUUCAGACAGGGUCUGAGAUGAUGCAAGGGAGGAGGGUGGUCCCAAAUCCAGCCUUACCCCUAGGCUUUCCCCACCCAACUCCACCCAGCUGAGGUCCAUUUUGGGCCACACCAUUGGCUUCUGGGAAAGACGGGACGGUCCAGACCACGGACUAAGAUUCUCCCCUGUUGGUUGUGUUAGAGGAUAAGGGCUCUAGUACUGCUUCUGGCUAGUGGGGUGACUCCUUUAGUGCCAUCUAGAGGAUAACAACCUUAGAACUGCUGCUGGCUAGAGGAGUGACUGGAAGAUAACAGUCUACUACUGCUGCUGGUUAAUGGAUGAAGGGGACCCAUCAUGGCGUGACCAGUAAGACCAAUAAAACCACUGUCUGCUGGGUAAUCCAAUCAGCUCCUAGUCACCCUGUGUUUAAACAGCAUGUCUCAGGCGAGGGAGCACACCACUGCCCAGCUCCUGGUGCCCGGCUAUGAGAGCCGCCCCCUGCCAGCUCCACUGAUAAGUGGCAAAAUGCCCCUUGUGUGCACAUGGGUUCACCCGCCAGCUUCGCCUGGCUGCCCAGAGAUCUCCCCGAUCGGCUGAGAGCGCCAAGGAUGGACACGCUCGUGCCACGGAUGAAGCCCAGCACCUGUGUGAGAGGAGACGCCGCCUCCCCCCCGCCCUGGCCCGAGUGGCUGAGAGAGGCUGAAAGACUUGGUGCACAAGUCUGCUCUCGUGCAAAGGGACAGCAAUUCAGGGACGUGUUCAGGCUGUGUUACACGGCAGGGCGUGAUCCAAGUGUGAGCCCGCAACCCUACUGAGGGGCAGCACUACUGGGAGCUAGGCAGGACCCUUCCCUGGCGUGCUGGUUAAAGCGGCAUCGGACGCUCCAGAGAAAUGAGGCAGGUUCAAAAUCAUCCCCCGGCUGUUACCACGGGGUCCAGAGCCUGCCCAGGCCCACGUGGCCACGGGGUGUUGCGAGAUCGCUGACUCCCCCGACAGCCAAGCUCCACUGGGAAUGGCCAAAAGCCUGGCCCAGGCCCCACCGGGGUGCCAAAUGGAGACGUUUGUGUUGCAGCGAGAGGGGCGCGCCGCAAUGGGAGUCCUGCUCCUGCCGCUCGCCUAGCCAGCCUGCCUUUGCCUGCCCUCGCCUCGCCCGCCGGAGACGCCACUGGUGGCGCAUGCCCCCCUCUCUGUACAUCUGCCCCUGCCGCUGCUUCCAGGCUCACCGACCCGAAGCCAGCGAGGGGCCUCGCCGAGGAAACGGGCUCAUUAAAUUAUUCCACC